AUGGUGGACGAUUACGAGCAGUUCGAGAACAAUGACCGGACAGACGUCGUCGUCGUGUCGCCUGCCGGCUCAACCUCGAACGACGUAGACAUGGAGAAACCGCUCGCCAAUGACUAUGAGGCGAUGAUGUCAAGAGUCCUACCGGUGGACCCGGACCUGGAAACCGAAGCAGAGACCUACCACACAUGGCACAUAAAGAACUGGACAAAGCUGCCGCGGAGGGAGCACGGGCCGAAGUUUGAAUGUGCCGGCGCACCAUGGAGAAUAUUGUUUUUCCCGUACGGUAACCAGGUAGAGCAUGCUUCCUUCUACCUGGAGCAUGGGUGGGAGGACAACGUGCCGGAGGACUGGUACGCUUGCGUACAGUUCGCCUUGGUCCUAUGGAAUCCAAACCACCCAGACAUAUAUAUUUCAAACAGAGCGACUCAUAGAUUCAACGCGGAAGAAUCGGAUUGGGGUUUCACUCGGUUCUGCGAACUACGAAAGCUGUUUCAACAUAUCCAUGACGACAGAGGUGUACCGCUCGUAGACAACCAGGAGGCCUGUCUCACUGCAUAUGUUCGGGUGGUGAAGGAUCCUACUGGCGUCCUAUGGCAUAGCUUCCAAAACUAUAACUCCAAAAAAGAGACUGGCAUGGUUGGCCUCCGAAACCAGGGCGCAACCUGCUACCUUAACUCACUCCUCCAAUCCUUAUUCUUUACCAAUGCAUUCCGAAAGGCCGUAUACCAAAUUCCCACAGAAAAUGAAGCAAAUAAAAAGAACUCUGCCUGGACCCUCCAACGUUUGUUCUAUUCGCUCCAAACAUGUGAAACCCCUGUUUCAACUUCUGAGCUCACUGAAUCCUUUGGAUGGAAGUCGAGAGUAAUCUUUGAACAGCAGGAUGUCCAGGAACUCUCCCGUCUACUCAUGGAGAAGCUCGAGGCGCAGAUGAAAGGCACACCCGCUGAAUUAGCACUCCCGAACCUCUUUGUGGGCAAGGCCAAAACUUACAUCUCGUGUAUCAACGUUGACUAUGAAUCGUCGCGAAUAGAGGACUUCUGGGAUAUACAGCUGAGCGUCAAAGGAAACAAGACUCUGGACGACAGUUUCAAAUCUUACAUCAACGUCGAGAUCAUGGAUGGGGAGAACAAAUACGACGCCGGAUCUUCACAUGGCCUACAGGAUGCUAGGAAGGGGGUCAUAUUCGAAAGCUUUCCUCCUGUCUUACAUCUUCACCUACAAAGAUACGAAUACGACUUCAACCGGGAUGCGAUGAUGAAAAUCAAUGACCGACAUGAAUUCCCAGAGGAAUUUGAUGCAUCUCCUUAUCUAUCUGCGGAUGCGGACAUGUCUGAACCCUGGGAAUAUAAGCUCUUUGGUGUACUUGUUCAUAGCGGUGACCUUAAUGCUGGCCAUUACUACGCCUUUUUGCGCCCUACCAAGGACGGCCACUUCUACAAAUUCGAUGAUGACAAGGUGAUCAGAGCAACGACCAAGGAGACCUUGGAGGAGAACUUUGGAGGAGAGUACGCGAAUGGAGCUGGGAUGCGUCAACCUUAUACCAGGAAUUACUCGACAAAACGCUCGAUGAACGCAUACAUGUUGGUCUACAUCCGAAAGUCCAGGAUCGACGACGUUCUUGUCAGCGUUGGCAACCAGGAUGUGCCUGCCCAUCUUGCAAAACAAGUUGAUGAAGAACGCUCCGAGGCUAUCAGGAGGAAAAAGGAGCGUGAAGAGCAACAUCUCUACAUGAACAUCGCCGUUGUAUCUGAUGAUUCGUUUAGGGAACACCAUGGCUUCGACUUGAUGGGCACAGAUUUGGACGCAGGUGACCCAGCUCUCCCAACCACCUACCGAGUGCGCCGUACCAUGAAGGUCGGCGAAUUCACCGAACUUGUUGCGGAAGACAAGGGCCUUGAUGUAGAACGAGUCCGGCUAUGGGCAAUGGUCAAUCGCCAGAACAAGACCGUCCGACCAGACCAGCCGCUACGGGACCCCGAAGAUACCGUCGAAACAGCUGCUUUCAAACUGUCGUCAAGAGGCGUUCCUUUUAAGGUGUAUGCUGAAGUCAGAGAUCCUGGAGAUGAUGGGAAAAUCGCCUGGCCUGAAACGCAAGGGCCGAAUGCAUCUGUUCUCGUCAUCUUGAAGCACUUUGAUCCCAUAACCCAGACACUCUCUGGUGUCGGUCAUGUUUUCGUUAAGAAGCAAUCCAAGGUCUUGGAACUUGCUGGGCCUAUUCUUCAGAUGAUGAAAUGGCCGGCCGGAACAUCUUUUUCAUUAUAUGAGGAAAUCAAACCUUCGAUGAUUGACCAGCUAAAGCCCAAGCAGACAUUCCAAGCUUCUGAAAUUCAAGAUGGAGAUAUAAUAUGUUUCCAACGAACACAUAGUGAAUCAGAACUCGGACCCAAUGCUCUGUACAAGGACGCAAGACAAUACUAUGACUACCUUCUCAACCGCAUCAUGAUAAAAUUCGCGCCAGUAAAAGCUGAAUCUGACGACUCAACCUUCUCCCUUGCUCUCAGUCGCAAAAUGACCUACGAACAAUUCUCUGCCAAAGUUGGCGAACACUUAAAAGUUGAUCCAACUCACCUUCGUUUUGCCCCUGUUGCAACUACCACCGGCAACCCCAAACCAUUUAUUCGACGGAACGUUGCCCAGAACCUUUCCCAGAUCCUGACCACGCAGUAUUCCGCUUAUGGAAACUCAGGGCAGAGAAGCGAUGCAUUAUAUUAUGAGAUUCUGGAGACAAGCUUAAGCGAAUAUGAAACCAAGAAGGUGGUAAAAAUCACUUGGCUUCCUGAAGGAAUCAUCAAAGAGCAACCCUUUGAGUUACUUGUGCCCAAACAAGGAAACGUCACUGAUAUUCUGCAAGGGCUACAACAAAAAGCUAACCUGGAUAAUGAUGUCAUCCAACACGUCCGCGUUUUUGAAGCACAUUACAGCAAGAUGCAGAAAGAACUAACUGACAAAUUUGGCGUCGCUGGGAUAAUGGAUACCAUCUCCCUCUAUGCGGAGCCCAUUCCAGAGGACGAACGCAACAUGAAAGAGGGUGAUUUCAGGAUAAAUGCUUUUAAUUUUGAUAAAGAGCCAAACAGGGAACAUGGCAUACCUUUCAAAUUUGUGGUUAAGCCAGGAGAGAAGUUUAUUGAUACCAAGGAGCGCUUAUCCAAAAGAACAGGUAUCAGAGGCAAACAAUUUGAGAAGAUCAAAUUUGCAGUUGUAUCUCGAGCAAUGUACUCAAAUCCAACAUACCUUGAAGAUGAUGACGUCCUUUCCGAACUCGUCGGCGACUCCGACAGCCAACUUGGUCUUAACCAUGUAAAUAAGAAUCGCAGUUUCCUCUCCAAGAGCGACAAUAUCUUCAUUCGAUAG